AUGUCUGCACAUUUCCGAACCGCAAGCCCGGCAGGAGGUCCGACAGCCGGCGGAGGAAAAACACUAUCGCUCCCCCGCCUCCUCUCUCCCACUCCCUCAUCUCCCUCUACCCCCCUUUACUCCCCUUUCUUGCUUCCGCUCCUCUCCCCGCCUCUCCUCGCCCCGUUCCCCACCAUCUCCCCGUCUCUCCCUUCGUUCCUUGCUUUCCCUGCUUUCCCUUUCCUCCCUGUCUCUCAUAGUUUCAGUAAACAUCCCUCUGCUAUCUUUACUUCCGUCAACACUAACCCUCCUUCCCAUCUCCUCGCUUCUCUCACUCUCCCUCCUCUCCCUCCCUCUGCUUCUCUCUCGCUCCCCAUCCCUUCCCCUUUCCAACUGCCCCUCCUCUCCUCGUCUCUCACGCUCCCUUCUUUCCUUAUUCUCCCUGCUCUCUCUCCUCUCUCUACUCUCCCUAUCCUCCCUCUCCCUCUCCUCCCCUCUCGCCCUCCCCUUCUCCCCCACCCCCUCUCUCAACCCCUCUUUCUCCCCCUCCCUCCUGAUUCCCCUUUCCCUCUCCCUGUCUCGUUCCCUCUCCCUCUCCCUCUCCCUCUCCCUUCGCACCUUCUCUUCUUCCUCCCCCUCCCGUUUCCUCUCCUUCGCACUUCCUCUAAACCUCUCCCUGUCUCUCCUUUCAUCCCUCUCCUCUCCCUUUCUAUCCACCACUCCUUCCCUCCCUCUUCUGUCUCUAUUCCCCACCUCCCCUCUUCCUCUCUCGCUCUCCUCUCCUCUGCCUCUCUCUCUUCCUCUCCUCCUUCCUCCUCUCCUCACUUCUCCUCUCCUCCCUCCUACUCUUCUCCUCCCUCCUCUUCUCCUCAUCUCCUUCCAUGGCCUUCCAACACCCUCUCCCCUUCAACCACCAACCCAUCAUCCCCCUCCCUAACCCUCCCACUCUCCCUCCUGCUCUCCCUCCCGCUCUCCCUCCCCCUCUCCCGCCCACUCUCCCUCCCACUCUCCCUCUCACUAUCCCUCCCACUCUCCCUCCCUCUCUCCCUGCCCGCAUCCCUCUUUCCAGAAUCACUUCUCAAACCAAAAGCAGCCUCCUUGUUUCCCCCUUCCCCAACACCCUCCUCUCGUCUCUUCCCUCCUUCCAACCCUCCUUCUCCCCACUCCCCUCCUCUUUCUCCCACGUGCUCCCCCUCCUGCACACGACUCCCCCUACCUGCCCCACUCUCUGCCUUUGCCUCUUCCACUGCCUCUCCCUUCCGUCCCCCUGCUCCUCCCACAUCAAUCUUGACUUUCUCUUCUUCGUCCUCCUUCAAACCAUAA